UUCUUCUUGGAGAGAGAGAGAGAGAGAAGAAGCGUCGAUGAUGUUCAUGGGGAAGCAACCGGGGACGCCGAUGAGGCGGGCACCGAGCUCGACGGAGUUCUCCCCCUCCGUCCUCUUCGAUGUCGGGGGCCCUCGGCCGUCCGAUCACAACGCGAUAGUUCACUACCUUCAGCCGAGGGAGGCGGCGCAGGUGGAGUCCAUUCCGUCGCCCCGCAGCGGGGUGCACAGUGGGAGGUCUGGCGACGGGACGGCGCCCUUCUUGAGGGCCUGCGGCCUCUGUAACCACCGCCUCGGGCCUGGCCGGGAUAUAUACAUGUAUAGGGGUGAAAUUGCCUUCUGCAGCCUCGAGUGUCGCCAGCUACAGAUGAAUCUGGAUGAGGAGAAAGAGAAGUGUGCUCUCUCUGACCUCUCUAAAGAAUAGUCCCCUGGAAAUGACUUGCUCCAGCCAAUCAUAUGGUUGGAGGAACUGCCACUUGAUUUUGUUGUGGAUAAACUGUAUAUAAAAUAUUCAGUGGCUCUGCUGCAGAUGCUAUGCUGCAAUCAAAUACAUGUAAAUUUUCAUGGUUUUCCAGCAUCAUUGUCAGAAGAGGAGAAGAAAUGUAAACUUGAUGAUAUAAUAUUUUCUUUUGUAGCUUUUUUUGGUGUAUAUGAGAAGUGACAAGAUCCUACACUGCAUUGUAAAUUCCCUUUUUUUCCCCCUCUAAUAGAAUGGAAUGCAAUCUUGCUUUACUUCUGAUUAA